AGCCGUUGAUUAAGCUUUCUCCUGUCUGAAACCCAACCGCCAAAUUUCUUUUAUAAUCGUGACAAGACUUUCUGAUCAGAUUAUCAGAACGAAGACUAAUUUGGAGAGAGAAGAGAGCGAGAAGAGAAAUAGAGAGAGAGCUAGAGAAGCUAUGGAGAAGGAGAGAGAGAAGCAAGUGUAUUUGGCGAAACUAAACGAACAAGCCGAGAGAUACGAUGAGAUGGUUGAAGCAAUGAAGAAAGUUGCAGCUCUUGAUGUAGAACUCACAAUUGAAGAAAGGAACUUGUUAUCUGUUGGUUAUAAGAACGUGAUUGGUGCAAGGAGAGCUUCGUGGAGGAUACUCUCUUCUAUUGAGCAGAAAGAAGAAUCUAGAGGAAACGAACAAAACGCAAAGAGGAUCAAAGAUUACAGGACAAAGGUUGAAGAUGAGCUCUCUAAGAUCUGCUACGACAUUUUAGCUGUCAUCGAUAAGCAUCUUGUCCCAUCCGCAACUUCAGGCGAAUCCACUGUUUUCUACUACAAGAUGAAAGGAGACUAUUUCAGAUACUUGGCUGAGUUUAAGUUUGGUCCUGAUCGUGAUGAAGCUGCUAAUCAAUCACUCAAGGCUUAUGAAGCUGCAACGAGUACAGCUAGCUCGGAGUUGGGUCCUACUCAUCCGAUAAGACUCGGUUUAGCUCUCAACUUCUCGGUCUUCUACUACGAGAUCUUGAACUCUCCAGAACGGGCGUGUCAUUUGGCGAAGCAAGCGUUUGAUGAAGCAAUCGCUGAGCUGGAUAGUCUUAAUGAAGACUCUUACAAAGACAGCACACUUAUCAUGCAGCUUCUCAGAGAUAAUCUUACUUUAUGGACCUCUGAUCUAGAGGAAGGAGGUGAACAGUCUAAAGGGGACAAGCCACAAGAGGAGGAUUAAUGAAGCCAUUACACUCCCUUUGGCACCAAACGGUUUAAAGCUUCUGUUCUUGCUAGAGGGUCUUGAGUUGGCGAUAAUAUUCUAUCAUUUGUUACUCUCUCUUUUCUUUUGGAUAUUUUUUGUUUUCGACAUUGAAACGAAACUUAUGUGUCGUCACUUGUUGUCUUGACAUUGAAACCUCUCUCAACUCUGUCGUUUGCCAAUUGAUUUUCCUUCUCAUUGAAAUGGCAAGAGAUAGUGAUAACUCA